GCGCGCACGUGUUAAGCCAUGGGUUCCGGGAACGCGCGCGGAUUGUCCACCAUCUCAGCCCAUAGUCAGGCUGUGCACCUCGCGCGUCUUAUCAUCCACUUCCAUAGCGAAGCUUUGAUCCUCCACGAGCACUGUGAUGAAACGGAAAAGAACGUAUGCCUGUCACCAAAGAAAUGAGUGAGUCGUCGUCCUUUCACUCAGCGACGCUUGUGUCAUUGGCCCGAUCGCUGUCCGGGCUUGGGCUUGAUGCUGCCAAUGGAGGCCCUAUCACCCCUCUUGACAAUGAUGAGCCCCCUCCUCCGGAGUCUGGCAUCGAUCUAGGCCCUGGGCUUUUUUUUGCCGAUGGGAAGAGAAAAGUGGACUACGUCCUCUGCUACAAAUACAAAAAAAGGCGGGCAUCCAAGGCACGCCUUUCCAUUGCAUCCAAUGGAAGUAUACCCUUUUCGAUGCCAGGCCGUUGUGAAACGGAAGUAGAGUCUGGGGAGGCAGGUGCACCUGCAGGAGAUGAGGAGUCAAAGCUGUCUGAGGAGGAAAAGGCUAUAAUGAGGGAGGAGUUUGAAGCGGGUCUACUGGAAGCUGGACUACAGCUAGAGCGUGAUAAAAUGAGGGCAAAUUGCAUAUGGGUUAUUCGGCUGCACAUCCCAUGGCCAACACUCAGUCGAGAAGCAGAGCUUCAGAAGAUCAAAGUUGCUGUGAAAAAGAAGUGUGAAUUGCGGAAACGGAUGGGCAUUGCUGGGAUGUGGGAUUCCAUUAUUGGCAAAUUCAACAUACCGUUUCAACCAGACGUCCCUGACUUUGACAUCCACAGAGACUCACAGACACGCGUCCACUUCAAAACCCUCAAACACCAUUUUAUCAGAGACAAGCUCCACCUGUACGACAUCAAGUCAACAGACACUGUAUUCGACAACGCAACACGCAGCAGAAUAGUGGCUGAGAUUAUUUCACGCACUACCUGCAGACAAACUUGCCAAACCACUGGCAUCAGCUCAUUAUUGGCUCGGGGUGUCUACGACUCUGCCUUCCCUCUGCAUGAUGGGUCAUUCACAAGGAGAGGACGAAAGGAUCAGCGAAAUGACAGACAGCUCCUCCAUGAAGAAUGGGCUAACUAUGGAGUCAUGCAUAAAUACCAGCCUGUGGACCUGAUCAGGAAGUACUUUGGAGAGCAGAUUGGGUUGUAUUUUGCCUGGCUGGGUGUUUACACUCAGCUCCUCAUCCCUCCCUCAGUACUGGGCAUCAUUGUCUUCCUGUACGGCAUAUUCACUGUGGAUGACAAUGUGCCAAGCCAGGAGACAUGUGAUGACAACCUGAACAUCACCAUGUGUCCACUGUGUGAUGUAGUGUGUGACUACUGGCGUCUGAGUACAGUGUGCUCACUGGCCCGAGCGUCAUACCUGUUCGACAAUGGAGCCACUGUCCUCUUUGCCAUUUUCAUGUCUCUGUGGGCUGCUUGUUUCCUUGAGCACUGGAAAAGGCGACAGAUGUGUCUGAAACAUAUGUGGGACCUGACGAGCUUGGAGGAUGAGGAGGAGCGAGUCCAGGAGGAGCUGAGGCCUGAAUAUGAAGAAGCUGUACAGGAGAAAAAAGAUAAGGUUAAAGCAACGUCUAAGAAGAAGUUAAUUCAUGCUGGGGAGGGCAUAGAUGGAGAAAAAGACCAGAUGCUGGCCUCGCAGCAGGAACCAGACUCCCUGGAUAUUGAGGAUCACCUGUCGGGUUAUCUCAUCAAUGUGUCUACCUUACUACUACUGAUCUUCGUAACCUUCUCGGCAGUGUUUGGGGUGGCAGUUUAUCGCAUCUGCAUGUUAAGUGUGUGGUCCAUGAACCCUGAUCCUGAAGCCAAGGCCAGCGUGAGGAUGACCGUCACCACCACAGGCAUCAUUCUAAAUAUGCUGGUCGUUCUGGUGUUGGAAGAAGUCUAUGGAGCGAUCGCUGUGUGGCUGACUGAACUGGAACUUCCUAAGACAAAGGAAGAGUUUGAAGAGAAGCUGAUCUUUAAGUCUUUCUUCCUCAAGUCCAUGAAUGCCUUUGCACCUAUUUUCUAUGUGGCCUUCUUUAAGGGCAGGUUUGGUGGGCGGCCUGGCGAUUAUGUUUACGUCUUUGGAGACUAUCGCAUGGAGGAGUGCGCUCCACCAGGCUGCCUCAUCGAAUUGUGCAUCCAGCUAAGCAUGAUCAUGCUUGGAAAGCAGCUUAUCCAAAACAAUGUGUUCGAGGUUCUCAUACCUAAGCUAAAAAAGAUGUACAGAACAAUACAGGAAGAAAAAGUAAAAAAGAGAGCAGCAGAAAAUGAAGAGAAUGACACGGAAGAGAAGAGACCAAAGCAACAAUAUGACAAAGAUUACACCCUUGAACCCUUUGAAGGCGUGACCCCAGAGUACAUGGAAAUGAUAAUCCAGUAUGGGUUUGUGUCUCUGUUCGUUGCCUCCUUCCCGCUGGCGCCAGCGUUCGCUCUGCUUAACAACGUCAUAGAGAUUCGCCUCGAUGCUGCAAAAUUUGUCACUGAGAUUCGACGGCCUGAUGCUGUGAGGUGUAAAGACAUAGGGAUUUGGUACAACAUUCUCUGUGGAAUCAGCAAGUUCUCUGUCAUUACCAAUGCAUUUGUCAUCUCCUUCACGUCAGAGUUUGUUCCACGAAUGGUUUACCAGUACAUGUACAGUGUAAAUGGCACCAUGAAUGGCUACACAGAGCACUCACUGUCCUACUUUAAUGUCAGCAACUUCUCACCGGGCAGUGCACCCACCACCACCCUGAUCACCGGAGUCUCUAUGUGCAGGUUAGACUCUUUUAACCUUGACCUUUAAAUCCUUGAGCCCAGCAGCUUAAUGCUUACUUUACCUAAAUCCCAAACUUGACUUGAGUUUUCAGAAACUGUAAACUCUGGGGUU